UAUAUCUUAUUAUUAUUAUUAUUAUUAUAAUAAUUAUUACUUUCGGAGGAGAAAUGAGGGAAACUGGAGGCGGAGGGAGAAUUAUCAAGCAGCAAUAAGGGUUUUGGUCGUCUUGUACCAUCCUCUGGUCGUUCUUAAAUUUUGUGGCUUCUGGUUGAAACCCAUGAUAGAAGGGCGUAAUGAGAUGGUUCAACCGGGGGGAAUUGACCCUAGUAUGAUGGCAUUAGUGAUCAGAGAAGACGGGCAGGAGAUUAGGCCUGGCAGUGAGAACGGGGAAGGAGCAUCAGGUGACAAUCAGGAUGCAACCGGCACAAAUCAGCGAAGGAGGAUAAAGAAAUACCAGCGGCACACUCCAUAUCAAAUUCAGGAACUUGAAGCUUACUUCAAGGAUGAUCAUCAUCCGGACGAAAAACAAAGAUUGGAACUUGGUAGUAGGCUGGGGUUGGAGAGCAAUAAGGUUAAAUUUUGGUUCCAGAAUCGACGAUCCCAAGUGAAGACGCAAGCAGGACGUCAGGAGAACAAUUAUCUUAAACGACAAAAUGAGGCACUCCAGAUGGAGAAUCUUAGACUCAAUAAUGCCCUGAGGAACUCAAUCUGCGUCAAUUGUGGUUGCCCAACACCUCCAGACGACGUGCCUAUUGAGGAACUCCAUCUCAGGUCUGAGAAUGCUAGAUUAAGGGAUGAACUGACUCAGUUACAUCUCCAAGCAAACAAAUUCUUGGGGAACCCAACAUCGUCAUCAGUGGGCCCUUUCCCUCUUCCAUUGCCAAACUCUAGCUUGGAACUUGCUGUAGGAAGAACUGGAUUUGAUGUUUUAAGUUCACCGGACACCACAUUUUCUUUGGGACUUGAUUCUGGAAGUGGAAACUUGAAUGCUUUUCCUGCAAUGCCGGUUGUGUCAACAACACGAAUGGUAGGUAUGGCAGGCACUGAUAUACCUGACGAAAAAUCGAUCCUCGCCGAGCUUGCAUUGAAUGCAAUGGAUGAACUAGACAAAUUGGUUCAGAUUGAUGAUCCUCUCUGGGUCAGCGCAGAUGGACAGAAGGAAGUGUUGAACCAACAGGAGUACAGGAGGAUCUGUCCUCCUUGUUUCGGAACGAAACUCAGUGGGUUUGUAACUGAGGCUACGAGGGCGACUGGUACUGUGAUCAUUAAUAGCUCAGCUCUUGUCAAUAUAUUGAUGGAUGUGAACCAAUGGGUCGAUAUGUUCCCAUGCAUGAUUGGAAGGGCAUCUACUCUUGACAUGAUUUUCAGUGGCGCAGCUGCAUCAAGAAAUUGUGAUAUCCAAUUGAUGGAAGCAGAGUUUCAAGCUCUUUCACCCUUGGUCCCUGUUCGCCAUAUGAGGUUUCUUCGGUUCUGCAAGAAGCAUGCGGAGGGGGUGUGGGCUGUGGUCGAUGUAUCUGUUGACAGUAUCCAAGAAGUUCGAGAUGGGAACCCGUUUAUGCCUUGCAGGAGGCUUCCUUCUGGUUGCUUUGUGCAGGAUAUGUCAAAUGGCUUUUCCAAGGUUACGUGGGUUGAACACACAGAAUAUGAUGAGAACGUUGUUCAUCAACUCUACCGUCCAUUGCUAAGCUCCGGGCAGGGCUUUGGUGCACAAAGAUGGCUUGCCAUGCUGCAGAGGCAAUCCCAGCGGUUGGCAAACCUCGUGUCCCCUACCAUCUCUACUGAGGGCCACCAAGGAGUUACUCCAGCUGGUAGGAGAAGCGUGGUUAAGUUGGCCCAACGAAUGACCCGCAGUUUCUGUUCUGGGGUUUGUGCGACUGUGCACUUGUGGCAGCUGGUCGAAGGUGGAAAUGUUGGCGAAGACACGAGGAUCCUGAUAAGGACUAGCACGGAUAACCCUGGCAAGCCAUCUGGGCUUGUGUUGAGCGCCACGACCUCUGUUUGGAUGCCAUUACCCCACCAACAUGUCUUUAAUUACUUGAGAGAUGAACAAAUGAGGGGCAACUGGGAUGAGUUGUCUAAUGGCAGGCUGGCACAACAGACGGUCUUCAUUGCUGAGGGCCAGGAUCAUGGCAACUGUGUCUCUCUUCUUCGUGCUACUCACGAGAACGCCACGCUGAUGUUGCAAGAGACACAAACAGAUGCAUCGGGCUCCAUUGUGGUGUAUGCAGCAGUUGAUAUAGCUGCAAUGCAGCUGGUUAUGAGCAGAGGGGAUUCUUCUUCUGUAGCUCUCCUUCCAUCGGGAUUUGCAGUAGUCCCCUACUACAAGCACGGGAACAGCACGGACAAUUUAGUCCCAGUUGAGGGUGGGUCACUGCUGACUGUAGGGUUCCAGAUACUGGUUGAUAGACACCCUCCUACAGCCAAGAUCUCAAUGGAGUCUGUUGACAGCGUGAAGGGCCUUCUCUUGCGCACAGUACAGAGGAUCAAAGCCGCUCUUCACUGCUAUUAGCAUUGCAGUGGCGAAUGGUAAUGAUACUAAUUUUUUGUUUUUUUGAAAAGCAUAUUGGACGGUAUACAUGUAUAGGAGAAGACUGGACAAUGGGGCAUAGAGCUUGACAUCAAACUUAAUAUAGAUGAGAUGAAUUGUGGGGGUUGAGUCAAGAAGGAACCUGGUGACUGGUGAGCCCUUGCCGGGAGCUAGAAAGUUCAGUUUGGCUAGUGUUUUUUGGGCUCGAACCGGCAAAGGGUCAUGGCUUAGUUUUGACUCAGUCGACCCAUGAGAAUUGAGAAGAGAAUAAAACUCUCAAGAGAGCAAUUUUGUUUCUUUUUUGGUUUGCGGGUGGUUUCUGCUUGCUUGAUGUUGAAUGAUAUAUGCGUAGGUCUGUCUUCUUUCUUGACUCGCUUACAGCUUACAGGCAAAAACUAUAGGUUUGGUCAUUCUGGCUUAAUUUGAAGAUGCAUAGUUUUGCUUGGUUUUAAGUGAGAUAUAUGUCAAUAUGCCAUGUUUGCUUCA